CUUUAUGUGUCGUUUCUUCGCCAAUCUCUUUAAUUUUCUUCUUUGCAAACAAGACUCGCGUGUUUCUCUUCGUAGUUUAUUAUUAUCUGUUUUUGUUUACAUCUUCCCCGUUAAGUUCUAACUCUUCAACAGAAUUGAUUAUUUUAAAUACAGGAUUAUGAAUCUAUGAUCUAUCUGGAUUUUCCAAUUUAAACUUCUUGCACAGAAGAAUAUUGUGAGAAUUCAAUUGGAAAUCAAAUACAACGCAAAGGCGCAGAAGAAAUGAGAGAAGAAAAUGAUUAUGAAGCAGCACCAAGCGAGAGGACGUUAGGUUUAACACCAACUUGGUCUGUUGCUACAGUUUUGACUGUCUUUGUAGUUGUUUCUUUGAUCGUUGAGCGUUCCAUUCAUCGGCUUAGUAACUGGCUACAGAAAACAAAGAGAAAACCUUUGUUUGCUGCAUUGGAGAAAAUGAAAGAAGAAUUGAUGCUGCUCGGAUUCAUAUCGUUAUUUCUUACCGCUAUCUCUAGCACAAUAGCUAACAUAUGCGUAUCUUCAAGUUUCUACAACGACAGAUUUGUUCCAUGUUCCCGGUCUGAGAUUAAUGAUGAACUUCACAGUACCAUUUCAUCUGUCAAACGGACUCCGUUAACGAGAUCUCUCUAUUUCCACAUCUUGAGGAGAAGAUUGGUUGGCAUUAGCGAGACUACUUGCAGCGAGGGACAUGAACCAUUUGUUUCUUAUGAAGGCAUGGAACAAUUGCAUCGUUUCAUAUUUAUAAUGGCAGUCACACACGUAACUUACAGCUGCUUGACAAUGCUCCUUGCAAUCGUGAAGAUUCAUAGUUGGAGGAUCUGGGAAGACGAGGCUCGAAUGGAUCGAAAUGAUUGCUUAACUGUGGUCGCGCGUGAAAAGAUAUUACGAAGGCAAACAACAUUUGUCCAGUAUCAUACAUCUGCUCCUCUUGUCAAGAACAAAUUACUAAUAUGGGUGAUAUGUUUCUUCCGACAGUUUGGACACACUGUUGUUCGUCCUGACUAUCUUACACUCCGGAAAGGAUUCAUCUUGAACCAUCACCUAACAUUGACCUACGAUUUUCAUAGCUAUAUGAUCCGUUCUAUGGAGGAAGAGUUUCAAAAGAUUGUUGGUGUCAGUGGCCCACUUUGGGGAUUUGUAGUUGCUUUCAUGCUUUUUAACAUAAAAGGAUCAAAUCUUUAUUUCUGGAUAGCGAUAAUUCCAAUCACUCUUGUUCUUUUCGUUGGUGCAAAGUUGCAACAUGUAAUCGCAACUUUAGUAUUGGAAAACGCUGGGAUAACGGAAUAUGCUUCCGGUGUAAAGCUGAGACCUCGUGAUGAACUUUUUUGGUUCAAGAAGCCAGAAUUACUGUUAUCCCUUAUCCACUUCAUUCAGUUUCAGAAUGCUUUCGAGUUGGCUUCUUUCUUCUGGUUUUGGUGGCAAUUUGGAUACGACUCUUGCUUCCUCAGGAAUCAUUUACUUGUUUAUUUGCGACUUAUUCUAGGGUUCUCUGGACAAUUCCUAUGUAGCUACAGCACAUUACCACUCUAUGCACUUGUCACUCAGAUGGGGACGAACUACAAGGCAGCAUUGUUACCUCAGAGGUCGAGUCGGAACACCGCUCUUGCGACCUUGUGCUUCAAUAACCUUAACGAGUUUGUCAAGGUUAGAGACAGAAACCACAGAAUCACUUUCAAGAUCGUCCUCGUUGCCAGCCAAAAGAGAAUGUUAAGCUAG